AUGUCCCCAACAGGAUCAGCAAGCUGGUGGCCGUGGCAGUCAAGCAUAAUUGCCCACAAGGAUGAAGUCAUUGCCCUGAAGGAUAAACUCAUUGCAGACAAGGAAACGCAGCUGAAAGAUCUCAAGACUCGCGAGGAAAAACUCAUUGCAGAAAAGGAAACGCAGCUGAAAGAUCUCAAGACUCGCGAGGAAAAACUCAUUGCAGAUCUCAAGACUCGCGAGGAUAAACUCAUUGCAGAAAAGGAAACACAGCUGAAAGAUCUCAAGACUCGCGAGGAUAAACUCAUUGCAGAAAAGGAUAAACUCAUUGCAGAAAAGGAUAAAUUCAUUGAAGAAAAGGAUAUACGCAUUGCAGAAAAGGAAACACAGCUGAAAGAUCUCAAGAGCCAAUUGCUGCAACAGGAGAUGCAAAGUCUCCAAGAAUUAUCGCGGGUCAAGGUCAUAGCCAACAACCGAGCUCUGAUUGAGAUCGCCAUGCAACAGUACAAGAGCGACUUGUCUCUCACGAAAGGUUUGGAGAUGUUUGUGAACGAGCAUUUGUUGACUGUAGGCCGUGACAAAACGACAUUGAGUAUGUAUGGCAGAGAAGUCUGUAAUAAGCUGCGAAACUUUGGCUUCGCAGCGAAGGAAGACUUUGUUCAGAAAGAACUUAAAAACCUCAUGCACGAGAUCUCAAAACCUUUACACAGACCGCACGUAUCGGGUAAGAUUUACACAGGGUAUGUGGUUGGAGGGGAACCGCCGCUUGCAGAAGCGCUUGCGAUCGUGAUCUCAAAACUUCAAGAAUGCAAGUUCGUGAAAAACCUGGAUGUCCUGCUGGUCGAUGGGGAAGGGAAAUGCAAGUGCGUGCUGAGUAAUGGAGACAUCGUUGAAUACGGUGAAGCGUAG